GCAACACCUGAAAAAUUGGUAGAACAGCUUCUUGUAGAGCCAUCCCCAUCCGACCUCACUUUUCCAGAGGACUUUUUGCUCACUUACCGGACAUUUUUGGAUACUCCUUCACCUAUUGCAGAACGAUUGCUUUCCGCAUAUACAUCAAAUUCUCCUGGAUCUUUCUUACCAGAUAAAUCUAAAGAGGAAGGAGCUGGUCCCACGCCAACCGUAUUUUCCGUCAAAACACGUGUAAAGCGCUGUAUUUUGCUUUGGGUUCACAACCAUUUUGUGGAUUUCCAGUACAAUCCGGACAUGAUGAACUUCUUGGAACGGUUUGAUGACCUUUUAUUUGCUGAUGGUACAGCCGGAGAACGUCGUCUCCUCCAUUUGGCAUGCAGUACAAAGGCAAAAAUCCGCCAAGUUGAAGUAGAAUUGAUGUAUUCAUUCAGUCUAUCUCAGACGGGCUCUGGUGGCCCCUCCAAUAUCCCCAAUGGGUCUCUUACUGUUUCUUCCAGCCAGGUUGUGUUACACCAGCUCCCUUUCACUCUGAUUGGUGGUCGCGAUGGGCUUGGAAUUUUCUUUGCUCAGGUACGCAUUUAUUACUUACUAGCUAUUGAAUGUAUUAUUUGA